GCCGCCAUUUUGGGGUGUUCUGCUCUGGCGGCAGCGGCAGAGGCGGCGGCGGCGGGACGCGGAGGCUCCCCCGGGAUUCAGCCUCAGCAGCGAGGCGGCGGCGGCUGCGGAGGCGCAGGCAGCAGCUGAGGCAGCGGCGGGCUCAGGUGCAGCCGCUGGAAGCUAAAGCUGUGUGUAUUUGUGGAUCAGACAAGUGCAGCAAGUUAUUAUCAUUGGCUUCUGAAGGGGAGAGUGAGGUGAUGGCUGCGUUUAAGUUGGAUUUCCUUCCAGAAAUGAUGGUGGAUCAUUGCUCUUUGAAUUCCAGUCCUGUCUCAAAGAAAAUGAACGGCACCCUGGACCACCCAGACCAACCAGAUCUUGAUGCUAUCAAGAUGUUUGUGGGCCAGGUUCCAAGGACCUGGUCUGAGAAAGACUUGAGGGAGCUUUUUGAACAGUACGGUGCUGUCUAUGAAAUCAACAUCCUAAGGGAUAGGAGCCAAAACCCUCCUCAGAGCAAAGGGUGCUGUUUUGUUACAUUUUACACCCGUAAAGCUGCAUUAGAAGCUCAGAAUGCUCUUCACAACAUGAAGGUCCUCCCUGGGAUGCAUCACCCUAUACAGAUGAAACCUGCUGACAGUGAAAAGAACAACGCUGUGGAAGACAGGAAGCUGUUUAUUGGUAUGAUUUCCAAGAAGUGUACUGAAAAUGACAUCCGAGUCAUGUUCUCUUCAUUUGGACAGAUUGAAGAGUGCCGGAUAUUGCGGGGACCUGAUGGCUUGAGCCGAGGUUGUGCAUUUGUGACUUUUACAACAAGAACCAUGGCACAGACGGCUAUCAAAGCAAUGCACCAAGCACAAACCAUGGAGGGUUGCUCAUCCCCCAUGGUGGUAAAGUUUGCUGACACCCAAAAGGACAAAGAACAGAAGAGAAUGGCCCAGCAGCUCCAGCAACAGAUGCAGCAGAUCAGCGCAGCAUCAGUGUGGGGAAACCUGGCUGGUCUGAACACUCUUGGCCCCCAGUACUUAGCACUUUAUUUGCAGCUCCUUCAGCAGACUGCCUCCUCUGGGAACCUCAACACCCUGAGCAGCCUCCACCCAAUGGGAGGGUUAAAUGCAAUGCAGCUACAGAAUUUGGCUGCACUGGCUGCUGCAGCUAGUGCAGCUCAGAACACACCAAGUGGUACCAAUGCUCUCACUACAUCCAGCAGUCCCCUCAGCGUACUCACCAGUUCAGCAGGGUCUUCACCGAGCUCCAGCAGCAGUAAUUCUGUCAACCCCAUAGCCUCACUUGGAGCCCUGCAGACAUUAGCCGGAGCAACAGCUGGCCUCAACGUUGGCUCUUUGGCAGGAAUGGCUGCUUUGAAUGGUGGUCUGGGCAGCAGUGGCCUUUCCAAUGGUACUGGGAGCACCAUGGAAGCCCUUACCCAGGCGUAUUCUGGAAUUCAGCAAUAUGCUGCUGCUGCUCUCCCCACUCUGUACAACCAGAAUUUAUUGACACAGCAGAGUAUUGGUGCUGCUGGAAGCCAGAAGGAAGGUCCGGAAGGAGCCAACCUGUUCAUCUAUCACCUGCCCCAGGAGUUCGGAGACCAGGACCUGCUGCAGAUGUUUAUGCCCUUUGGGAAUGUCGUGUCUGCCAAGGUUUUCAUAGACAAGCAGACAAACCUGAGCAAGUGUUUCGGUUUUGUAAGUUAUGACAAUCCUGUCUCAGCUCAAGCUGCCAUCCAGUCCAUGAACGGCUUUCAGAUUGGAAUGAAGAGGCUUAAAGUGCAGCUCAAACGUUCGAAGAAUGAUAGCAAGCCGUACUGAUUGUGCUCCCCUCUGAGACUGGAGUGAGAAGAUCUUCUGGCACAGCUUGCCCUGAAGACUCAGCUACUGCCUUCUGUGGGAGUGUCGCUUCGUACAGAGGACAAGUUUGUGCUUUGGUUUCCAGUGUUUUACUUUGGAGUUUAGGUGCCAUAUCCUGAGGGUGUUUUGAUUUGUUUUGUUUUGUUUUGUUUCUUUUUUCCUUUAUUUAAAGUUUGCUGUGUUUGUAACCAGUAUGUUGAGAAGGACCAACACCAGUCCACCCUGAGGAAAGGGGAAAUGGGUUUAAAAGAUGACCAGAUUGUACCCCAAACCACUGAAAGAGAGAGGACUGAGCAGAACAGAAAGUUGAUCCCCAAAAUCUCUCUCCCUGAGUGCAAGGGUGGGUAGAAGGAGAACUGAGAUCUAGUGAGCCACAGGGGCAGAGUGGGUGAGGGGCCUUGGCAUCUGGGCCCCUUCAUAACUAGCUGCUUUCUGCACAUAUGCUGAGCUUAAGCCACCUAUUUUUCUGAUUUUUGUCCUGGAUUUCUGCCCUUCUUUCCUAAAAGGGGGUCAGCAAGUCUCAGAAAAUAAAGCACUUCUGAAUUUAGCCUCAAAUACGCAGAUAACAGGGAGAUACCUAUUACUAGCUAUCCUGGUUCAUCAUUGUUAUUCUGUUGCCCUGCCUGGCUGGUGGCUGUUUGGGGAAAACAGCCAAAGAGGUCGUGUUUACUUUACUUCAAUGUGAAGUUAGACCCUGCCCAUUUCCAAAAAUUUCUUUUGAAGAAAUCUAUGGAAGUUCACCACAGCAAGGAAUCGUGCCUCCUUCCCCAGCCACAGUUUUCUCAGGAGGGCAGACCUAAGACUCUUUGGCAGCGGCAGGGGUGCUGUGCAUGGGCAGAGCCACCAAAAGCCAUCUGACCGAGGAAGGAGGGGCCUGCUGCUUGGUGUUCCAGGGUGCUGUAUUUGAGUAGAACCGCAUUCUGGCCUCCUUGAUGAAGGGUUCCUAGAGGCUGUGUUCCCGUAAAGAUCUGGCAGGCCUUUCCUCUAGCCACUUCUAGCCCAUCUUCUGCCCUUGAAGACAGAAGAGUACAGGAAGUUUACAGACUCCGUAUGAGUUUAGUGUUCAUUUACCUCAGUAUUAACCCAUGUUCAUUUUGUCAUCACGCUUACAGUUUCCUGCUGCCUUUCACAGGUCUUAACUCCAGCCUUUGCCAGUGUCCCACAUAGCCUCUGGGCUCUGCGUCUGCUCUAAGAAAUGCUGUUGGGAAUAUGCCUCUGAGCAGAGGUAGCCCCAUAAGCAUAUGACUAAUAGCCACAGCCAUGGCCUGGGCUCCUGGGUCCUUGGAUGCUUAAACCUCACAAGUUAAGUCUUGACUCCCAGCAGGGGAGAUUAGAAGGGGCUAGCUUGCUUUAAGUCAGAUAGGGACACUCCUUGUCACACUGUCCCUGUGGAUAACAAACCUGGAUUGACCAUCUUGCUGUUGUACAGGAAUUGUUAGUGGUGGAUUAAUCCAUUGCAGCUGAGACAGUUGUUCUCUUCUCGUAGUGAUAACUUGGGUCUGUUGUCCUCUUAAGAAACACGAAACAUAUACUUCUUAAGCUGAACCACGCAAACUUGAAUUCUGCGCACUGGGAGAAAAGUGUUCUGUGUUUCAAGAUAAAACUGUUCUAAUGGCUUCCAGGGUAAUGAUGGGAUUUUUUUAAAAUAAAUGCGAAAAAAUAAAAAAUAAAAAAACUUAAAAAGGAAAAAAAAAUGCUAGGUUGGGCAGGCACUGCUCUGAAUCCCAACCAGCUGGAACUAAGAAUGUCGUUUCUAUUUUUAUAGAAGUUUUAUACAGCUCCGGGGUGGAGAAUAUUUAUUACCUAAAUUAUAUCUCUGGAAAAGGCCAGGAUUUUGUAGAAUCCAGAAUGUGAUUGUUGUACACACGGGGUGCUGUGUAUGAUUGAAACUACUGACUUUCUGUGACCGUUUGCAGCCCAGGUAACCUGUCCAAGGGGAAGGCUAACAUUAAUGCUGUGAAUUGGCAGAGGCAAGAGCUGUGCCCCAUAGGGUGCUGCCAGUGCUGUGCUCCCUAACCUGCUGUUCUGUCUUCCUCCCUGGCCAGAACACCACAUUCUCCCUCCUCCUCCCAGCUUCCCUCUCUCUCUCCCAUUUCACCGAUUGUCCACAGAUUCGUCCUGUGCUCCAGGACCUUAAGAAAUCUUCUUAAUGAUAUUAUAGGCAAAAAUGUGACACACACACACCCCCUCCUCUGGAACAGACCCCAAACUUCCUACCCACUUGUAAUUUCUUAAAAGUGCUUGCCCCAGCAGAGCCAUGCUCUGCUCAAGCAGCCAGCCAGCUACAGAGGCCAUGACUUCCUUCCUCCCCCUUCGCCCAGUGCAUCAGCACAGCAGUAGCACUGUCCUUGAGCACAGUUCUCUCCCCAGGCCAAAGAUGGUUUUGUUGAAGAAGCUGCUCCCCUGUAAGUCUUGCUGUGAAAGGGCUCAGCUUAGAGUGAAGACUGAAGUGAAGUCUUAAGUAGUCUUUUUCUGUUGUGUGGAGCUUUCACUUAGUGUGUUCUCUGCUGCAGUUUUGUUCCUUGGGUUAUAUGAUGCCAUUGAUUUGCCUUCAGUGCAGCCCGACCACUAUCUCCUGGGUUCCACAUGAGUGGCCAGGGCCUAUGUGGAGGCUUAGGGCUUGGAUUUCUGGGAAGAAAGGGCCAAGACUGAGUAAGAAACCCUGACCCUGUGCUCUACAUAACCUCCCUCCCACUCUAGUCAACAUCUUUUGUUGCUUAGGCCCUAGAUGUGUUAGGUGCUUUGCAAGAAAUCCAAGCCUUAGGUUCCCUUCUGUCUCUGGCAGUUGGAUGUUCUCUUGGUGUCCUUCAUGUCCUUUUGAACUUUUCCCUGUGUCCAUUGUUAGCAUGUGCAAAAGUCCCUGUCACCCCACCCUGCCCUUCCCGCCUCCUCAUUUCAGGGCUGCACACAGUGAGUGUCCUCUUCUCUCUCUGUUUGGAUGUAUUGCUCUGUGUAACUCAGUGGAUCUCCCUCUUUCUGGUUUGUUUUUUUUUCUAGAUUCCUGCCGUUUGUUCAUCGUUGUGCCUAAAGCAUGUCGAUGUGGCGUCAAGUACAUCGUCCAAAUCCCUGUCUCUUCAGCUUCUCUGAUGCUUGAACUCUCACCUUUGACCUUGUGUUGACCUUUGAUGCUGAUGUGUAUUUUAUUAUGUUUGUUUCUUUCUUUGUUUUUUCUUUUUUCUUUCUUUUUUUUUUUUCCCUUUUGUGCUGCCAAAAUUGGUUUUGCUAGAACGACUGCUGAAGGGAAAAUAUUUAAACUUGCAUUUGAAUAUAAAAAAAAAUCUAUUUUUCUAGAACUUCAUAAGAUAACCACUUGAUUUUGUGAUUCCAAUUCUUUGUAACUGUCAGAGCAGCCCUACUAGCACAUGCCGUGUGGUGUUUGUAUUCCUGUGAACACACAGCCAGUCCGCUUCCAGGCUUUGUUCCUCUGUGUGCUUAGUUUUAAAGACAACUUUGAAAUGAACAAUGAAAUAAAAGAUGUCACUAAAAUCUUUGAGGCUCCUGAACACAUUUUGCUGAUACAGUUUUGGGGCUUGAGGAGACCGCAUGUGUUGUUAUUAAUUUUUGUUUCUCUGAGUUCUGAACUGCAGAAGACACCUGAAAUACUCCCCAUCCCCAUUCCCUUUUCACUGGAGGCUGACAUUUGGGCCCCAGCUAGCCUUUUUCUUUUCCUUUUGUGGUUCUUCCUGAAGCAGCCCUGCAGGGACCUCCCCGCAGCUCAAGCAGCGCAUAUCCAUGCUUAUUCCUACAGUCUCCACAGCAAAAUGUGAUGCUUUGAAUUUUUUUGGGUUUUGUGUUGUUUUUACCUUUUGUUCUGAAUUUUUUUCUUUCCACUAAGAUUAUGCCCAGAAAAAACAAGUUGUGCAUGUUUCCUGCUGUUUCUUCACACCUUCGUAUGUAUCACCUUCACCUCUCUGUUUUCUAUAGUUUGUGCAAAAACUGACUGAUUUAAAGGGGUUUCAAAGAAGAUGUUUUAAAUUGUUAUGGGGUUGAUAUAUUUUUUUCAGGAUUGUAUUGUUUUGUUUUGAAGUGGCAACUUUCUCCUCUAUUGCCCUUAGAGUGUUUGCCUGUGCACUUAGACUGUCACUCUUUGUGGCCUCCAGGUCCUAGUGGGGCAUCCAGGAGGCUGGCUGCUCUGCUCAGAGAGUGUAGGGGGUCCAGAGAGGCAGAAGCAGAACCAAAGGUGACUGUGGAUAGGCAGGAGGCUUAGCACAUCAAGGCUAGAUCAUGGAGGGAGGGAGGGAAGGCACUAUGCUUCUAACUACCCAGAGGAGGCCGUCUGCACAUGAGCGGCACUACACCUGCCUGCGCUUUUCCUAGGUGACAAGCACAAUAAAUACUACAGUCUUCACACUGUUUACAGCCCUGGGCACCACCCACCCACACUGGCUCUUCACUGGGUUCUGCUCUGCUCUUACUCAGCUAGCAGAGUUGGGGUAAGGGCAAGAAUUUGUUUUUAAGUUGGGUGAAGAGCCAGAUAGCUACUGUCCCCGGGUGCCAGGCCAGCCAGUUCUUUGGUUUCCUAAGGGAAACUUACCCUCUUCUCUUGUAGCACCAUCCAGCCUCAGGGUCUUGGAAGAAUGUGAAUAGAGGAGGAGAGACUAGAGGAAAGGAGUAGACAGGGAUGGGUCUGUAGAGCAGAGGCAGCAGGGAGGGUUUCUGACAGAUCCCACUGAGACUUAAGCACUGGUGGGAGGAAAAGUGGAAGCAAGAUUGUCCAGAAACGGGUGAUGAGGUGCAGCAAGGGACUGGGUGGGGCGGGGUGGACAAACACUGUCUAGCAUCAUCCACACCCUGGUGAGGAAGGAACUCCAGCAGAAGUUCUACUCUGGGGCCCCCACAGGUUGCCCAAUAUAUUAUGCUUGAGGCCACCUUACUAGGGAGAAAGGGCAGCUAAGUGGGGGCCCUAUAAGUAGGCUGCUAAAUGUCCUGGAAGGGUGGUGGGAUGGAAAGAGGCCUAGCAUGAGCGAACCUGUUGUGUGCCCCACAGUCUACCUGCACAGAGCGCCUCUGUUGGCAGGAGGUGCUGAGGCCCCUCCCUGUGUACUGAGAAGCUGUGUUUGCCAAUACAGUUGCUUUCAAUUCCAAGAGGAGCUCUGGGAAAACCUGUGGAUAAAACCAAAUGCCAAAUGUUGGACAUUGUUUCCUUUUCCUUUUCUCUCUGAUUGUUUUAAUUGUUCUGUAGUGGUUUUAAUGGAUUUGAGACCCUGGAGCGGCAGCUGCCUUUCUGAUUUCCAGCUGCUUUUUGUGAAUAAUUUAAAAAGAAAAAAAAAAAGAAACUUUACAUUUUGGAGACAAACCUGUGUGAGUUUUUUAUUGGUACAAACGUUGUAUUUAACACUAGGGGUUUUGUACAGUUUUUUGCCUUUUCUACUAGAAAACAAUGUAAAGUGAUUUCACAAUGUGAAGAGAAAAAAUUGCCACUAUGACCAAACGCACAGUCUGUUCUGCAGCAACAACGGGAUUCAAUCAACUCAAAGUCGUGAUUCAGCCGUAGAAAUGCUUUUCCUUGACCUUGUUUGAGCUUUUCCUUUUUUCCUGUUUGAAUUACAAAAGAUGUCUUUUUUUUGUGUGUGAACUUGUGUUGUACUCUGUAGAAAAUUAUGGAUUUUGCUUUAAUGGUUUAAAAAAAAAAAAGGGCAAGAAGAGCCCUUGUCGCUUUUCUUACCUAAUCACAGUUUGUGUAGUGGAUUAAAAAAGAAAAAAAAGUUGUUAAAAGUUUGGAGCAAGGGAGUAUGUGUUUAAAAGGACUCUCCUUUUUUUGUGUGUUUCUCCUUUUGUCCCAAUGGGGAACCUUAAUCUGUUUUAAUUGCACAGACACACAGACAAAAAGUCAUUUUGUAUCUGCCAAGUGUGGUACCUUCCUUUGUUUAUUUGCUAUUAAACUGUUUGAGAAGAA